CCUAUUAAAGAGGUGUCGAGUCUGAGACGACUGCAGUCCUUCAUAAACAGUCUGCAGUGUUCUGCUCUGGUGAGAUUUGGUUUAUUCUCAGUUUAUGGAGAAAUCUCUCUCAUUGAUAUAACUGUAAAAGGAAGUGAUUACUAACUGGGCCUACAGAGGUGUUGUUUAGUUUUUAAUCAAAGUGAAAGUGAAACUCUGAGUGUUCGGACUGGAGAGAACAACAGCAGCAGUAAAAUAAAAUGGCUUCUAAGUUUUCAGAGGAGGAUUUCUCCUGUCCUGUGUCCUGUGAAAUCUUCAAGGAUCCUGUUGUUCUGCGCUGCAGUCACAGUGUGUGUAAAGUGUGUUUGCAGCAGUUCUGGGAGGCCAAAGGAUCCAGAGAAUGUCCUGUAUGUAGGAGGAAGUCAUCUAUGGAUGAUCCUCCCAUAAAUCUGGCCUUAAAGAACCUGUGUGAGACUUUCUUACAGGAGAGAAAUCAGAGCUCUUCAUCAGGGUCUGAAACAGUCUGCAGUCUGCACAGUGAGAAACUCAAACUCUUCUGUCUGGAUGAUCAACAGCCGGUGUGUUUGGUGUGUCAGACUUCAAGAACACACACCAACCACAAAUUCUGCCCCAUUGAUGAGGCAGUAACAGACUGUAAGGAGGAGAUCAAAACUGCACUGAAGCCCCUAAAGGAGAAACUGAAGAUCUUUAAAGACUGUAAACUGAACUGGAGUCAGACGUCUGUUCUUACAAGUGAGGAUCAUUAGAAUACGUCACAUUUCAGUGGUGUAAAAAUGUAAAUCAUAUCCACUGAUAUUUGCUUUGUUGUUUUCCAGAACUACAAGGCCACAGUGAAAAGAGCCCAGUGCACACUGCAGCAUCCAGAGGAGCUUUCAGGAGCACUGAUCCAUGUGGCAAAACAUCUGGCCAACCUGAAGUUCAGAGUCUGGGAGAAGAUGCAGGACACUGUCCAAUACACACCUGUACCUCUGGACCCCAACACUGUUCAUCCUAAACUCGUUGUAUCUGAUGAUCUGACCAGUGUGAGACUCAGUGAUGAGAAACAGAAACUUCCUGAUAAUCCAGAGAGAUUUGAUCAAUAUUGGUGUAUCCUGGGCUCUGAGGGCUUUAACUCAGGGACACACUGCUGGGAUGUUGAAGUUGGAGACUGUACAGACUGGGAUGUGGGUGUGAUGACAGAAUCUGCUCAGAGGAAGGGGAAGAUAAUCUCCAGAAGUGGAAUCUGGUGUGUGGAGUAUGAAUAUGGUAAAUAUAACGCAGUUUCUUCACCACAGAUAUUCACUCUCCACCCAGUAGCACAGAAAUGCCAGAGGAUCAGAGUGAAACUGGACUGGGACAGAGGAAAGCUGUCAUUCUCUGACCCUCUCACUAACACACACUUACACACUUUCACACACACAUUUACUGAUAAAUUACUGCCAUAUCUAGGUGUUGCAUCUAAAGAAUCUCCUCUAAAGUUCCUGCCACUUCAGUGCUCUGUAAGAGUGAAUCAGAUCAGUUAGAGCUGAUAUUGUUUUAUUCCAGAUCAUUCAUGAAAUAUUGCACAUUAAAAGAUUCAUAUUCUUUGUAAACUUUUGCACUGAACAGUUCAAAAGUUUAUUAAAGUGAUGUGACUUCAGCUCACCUUGUCAAUGAAAUCAAAAUAAUGUAAUAUCUGGAAAUAUUGAUAGAAUAUUCAGGGCUUCAACAAACAAAUAAACCACAGGAGGUGUUUAAAUGUAGAAUCUGAAAUCUGAAAUAGAUGUAAUAAUUUAAUUUUACUGCUGUAUUUUAAAUCAUUUGAAAUAA